UCCAACAUUUUUGUUUUUCUUCGCCAAAAAAAUCUAUUCUAUUUCAUUCAUGGUGAGCUGAGUAGAAAGGAGAGAGAGAGAGAGAGAGAGAAGAGAUCCUCCCCAUGAAGAAGUUAACUAAUCAACUCUCCUCCUAUCUCCUCCUCUGCACUUCUCUCUCUCUCUUCUUCUUCCUCCUCCUUUUUCUUAUUAUUAUUAUUAUACCUUCACUCUUCUUCCACCUUCACUCCUCUCCUUCUUCAUCACACUUCCACCAUUGGCAACUUCUUCAACAUCACCCUUCUUCCACUCAUCAUCGGGUGUUGCUGGCAAUGGAGGAGAAGGCGAGGCUGGGUUCGACCCCACCGAGCUGCUACAACAAGUGCAACGGCUGCCACCCUUGCCUGGCGGUUCAGGUCCCCAGUCUGCCCAUCAGCCUCCGCUCGAAGAGGCCGCCGGGCAGCCGCCGCCACCAUUCACCGGUUGCCCCGACCGAGUUCCUCAACCCUUCCCUUGAAAGCGGCCGGUACUCCAACUACAAGCCGCUCGGGUGGAAAUGCCGUUGCCGCAACCAUUUGUUCAACCCGUAGUUAGGUUCAGGUCGAUUGGAAAUCAAAGAAAACAUCAAAACUAAUGAAUCCUGUAAAAUUUUUUAAGCUCGUUAACUUUAAUAUUAGAAUUUAGAUGAUGUGCUGAUGGAGUUGAUUUACUGCUAUGGUUUUUUGUUUUUCUUUUUACCACGAGAGGUAUCCGGGUUUCGAUGAUGACACAUUACUUUAGAAGAAUACCGUAUUUUUAGAUGUACAGAAAAAAUUUGUACCGAAGAUCUUAUUCUUCUCUUGAUCACUGGGCAUAUGGAAAAUUUACUCCUUUUUUAUCA